GACACAUCGACUGUGUGUCGGUGGGCUUAAAAAUCAGCCCUUUUUUCUCAAUCGCACACAAAUCAAAUCAGUCCUUCUCGUUGGUGUCUAGAUCAGCGUUAUACACCAUGUCAAAAUGUAUCCUUCUUGUGCCUCUUCUCAUCGCUGUUUAUAUGGCCUGCAGUGUCUCUGCUCAAGGUGGAGUCGCCCAUUGCUGUCUGAAGAUUAAAGGAACCAAAGUGACGUUGGGAAAACUGAGAAGCUACCAUGUGCAGGAAAGACCAUCAUGCCAUCUGCCCGCAGUCGUUUUCACCACAGUCAGGAACAAGAGGAUCUGUGCAGAGCCCAACCAGCCGUGGACCAAUAAAAGCAUGGCCUACCUUGACGAAAACAGGAGACGGCCACACUUCCUCUCCAAAAACUCCAUCCUCUGAGAGGUUGAAGGCCAUAAGUAGUAGUUCAGUUGGGACAGUAUCGACACAACAACUACAUCAAUGUUUUUUU